AUGGUUGUCGAGAGGGAGGGCGAGCAGUGGGCAAAGGUGGCCUACGCAGACGACCUGGCAAUCAUAAUUAAGGGGCAAAGUAGGAAGCAAAUAGAGGAACGAGCAAAAACAGCAUUAGGCGAAGUCAGCAGGUGGACGAGACAGAACAAGCUUGCAAUAUCCCAUCACAAAACAGUCGCCAUGACCAUCAGGGGCACUUUCGAUAGGCACAGACCGCCUACCAUACCAUUUGAGGGCAAGAAUAUAAAGUUUGUCCAAGAGUUCACUUAUCUGGGAAUAACCCUUGACGAAAGACUGUGGUUCACACCUCAUGUGAGGAACAUUCAGAAGAAGCUGGGUGAAGUCUCAGGUAUGGUGCAGCAGCGUGGGCAGAUCGGACGAAGCACCGGUUCGCUGUACAACCCGGAAGAGGUGCGGGACAUCACUGGAGGAUCGAUGGUUGACGUCGGCAUCCAGACGGAUGUCGACUUGGAGACAGCAGUCGGUCGGCUAACUAGUCGACUGUCGAGUACCAAGUUGAAGGAGCCUGUGAAGCAAGAUUUGCGGAUAUCGAACCAAGAAGAUGUGAGCAAAGUCCCUACUGAAGAUACUAGUGGUGGUGGUGGUAGUAGUUGUUUAGAUGAGGAUACUGUAAAUAAUGUAAAGUUGAAUACUGUAAAUAAUGUAAAGUUGAAUGGUGAAGGUACUUCUUACAAUGCAGUUGGUCCAGGAGGGGUGUAUGAUGACUUUGAACGCAAGUUGCGUCUAAACAGGCUCGAGGAGCCGGUAUUGUUAACAACUGCACUGAGGCAGCUUGUGAGGACAGGACAUAGUAAUGGUAAAGAUAUCACGUAUCCAGCCUUGGAGGACGUGGAUUGCAUAAGUUUGCAUGCGGCAAAUCUUCCGUCGCAACCGGAUGAUUUAAAGGAGUUGGUGCAGCAGGUGUUUGCCCGGCGUGGCCGUAAAUUUGAUCUCGAGAAAAUAUACAAAGACAUGGUAAAGAUGUACGGUAGAAAUGUGGUAGACCUUUCGAAGCCAUGGCCCGCCAGCCGCCUGCAAGUUUUUUAUCCCCCUGGUUGA